AUGUUGGAAGGUGAGAUAUAUAAGAAUGAUCAGCGCUCUAUUCAACUCAAGAACAGUGUCAUGAUUGGAGAAUGCGACUUCACAUUGCGUUAUUUUCCUCGAACACCUGAGGAGGAGGAACAAUUUCAGGUGGAAUUGGCCGAGUUCUUCCGUGUAUUCCACGACGAUGCAAAUCCACUGGUACUACCUUUGCCUAGCGAUAGUGAGAUGCGAUUUGGGCAUUGGAGAUUUCAGAAUCCGAUCUCGCGAGGGUCGUAUGGCGUUGUUUACAUGGUAGUCAAUGCCCGGACUGGUUUACCAGCAGCUGCAAAGCGAAUUUUGAACUCGCACAGGAAUGCGUAUGCUGUGGAUCAAGAGAUUGAAAUGACUUCACAGAUUGUAUCUGAUCACGAGCACCAGCGUCGGAUUGCAAGCGCAAUCGAGAUCUGCCACCGAAAGGCACGAUCAACAGUUGAGACGCAACGAAUUCGAAACUUCCUCGAUGAGAACUGGAUGCCAUCAGCCGACAACAUCACAGACGAAUACAUCACCAUGUUCGCCUCUCUUAAACGCAACGUUCCGCUCCUUAUACACCUCAAAUGUGUCACAUACAGGCCGAUCUAUAUUCUUCCGCCGGCUUCUAGAAGCUGUCGCCUUUCUCCAUUUGCACGGUAUAUGCCACAGGAACAUAAAACCAGAUAA